GGCCGGGUUUUGCUGUGGCGGAACGGUGUUGCGCGCGCGCACGUACGUUCUGGAACCGGCAGGGUGGCGCGCGUACGUGCGCGUGCAUGUGUCUUUGUGCGGCAGCGAGAAAUAACACACAAUAACGAUGGCGGACGAGAAGCCCAAGGAGGGAGUGAAGACUGAGAACAACGACCACAUCAACCUUAAGGUGGCAGGACAGGACGGGUCUGUGGUCCAGUUCAAAAUAAAAAGGCAUACGCCACUCAGCAAACUCAUGAAGGCCUACUGUGAGAGACAGGGACUAACGAUGAGGCAAAUCCGAUUCCGGUUUGAUGGACAGCCCAUAAAUGAGACAGACACACCUGCACAGUUGGAAAUGGAGGAUGAAGACACAAUUGACGUUUUCCAGCAACAGACAGGAGGUUUCAUCUAAGUGCUCCAACUUUUACCACCCCCGCACCCUUUCUCUUUCUCUUCCUCCCUCCCCCUUCCCCCUUUUCCUCUUACUUCACUGCCUUCCUCCCGCCCUUCCUUUACCCCUUCCAUCUCGCUUUCUCUCUGCUAUAUUACCUUUCUUCCCUCACAGUUAUAUUCAUGACUGCUGUUGUAUAGUGUGUUUUUUAUUUUUUUGAGUUGGACUUUCCUUCCUUCAUUUUUGUACAUAAUAAUUUCCUCUACACACACAUUAAAUAUUAAGCUGGCAGUGUUGAAUGCUGUGACAUGUGAAACAUGUCAAGCCCCAGCCGUUCGGAAAAGGCGAUCACAGAAACUCGCGGAAAAUCUGUCAAAGGCCCAGCUCCGUCUGCUAAGGGUUUGAACUGGUGAAGCUGAUGUUCAGGGAGAAGUUUUUUUUGUUUUGUUUUUUAGGUAGAGGAUAUGUAUUCAGAUCCUUUUCACCAAACAAGGCAAAUAGUCUAUUGUAGCAAUACAGUUAUGUGUUCAUAAAGACAUACACCAGUAUACUGCUCAUUUAGCAGAGGCUUUCAGGCCACCUUUCUCUAGUGCUCUUAAACAACCCCCCAUUUUGGUGUUGGAUUUUUACACUUCACUCCUGUAGUAGGGGCACUACAAAACUGUAUUCAUUAAUUAGUGAGCUAAACAGGUCAUUUUAAGGUAGUUUCUAUGUCGAAUCAAAAGUAAUGUGGUUUUCUUUACUGCUACCUUACAGUGAACCUAGCUUUAGUUUACUAAUCCAUAGUGUAACCCACAUGGAAAGUGAGGUUAGCAGGGUUGGUUUUACAUUUUAUAGUGCUAGUUUGGUUUGGGAUGGAGAGAACACUGUACUGAAAUUGGUAUUCGGAGCUGGGACAGAGUCAGUACUCAUUAAGCCAAGAGAAGGUUAUGAUUAUUAUUAUCUAGCUACAUUUUCUGUUAACUGUUCUGGACAGAUUUUUUUUUUUUUUCUAGAUUGUAGUAGAUAUGUGUUAGAGUAAAAGUUGUCACGAUUGAGUAGGUUAUAUAUGAAUAACGAUAAGUUUCAGUCAAGUUAAGCAUCUGUAUUGUCUAAUAAAUCACUUGUUAAAAUAAAAGGAUUCUCUUUUUACCAGA